CAACGUCGAGCCGAAAACACGCGACUUUGGCCGGAAAACCCGUGUGGCAUACCGCAUCAACAGCGGAAUAUCACGCAUACGCCGCGUUGAACCGAAAAGAAUUGCAAGUGAAGUGAUACAAGAAAAAGAAGCAGGCUCGUUAGUGGAAUUUUGUGCCUUUUUGGGCAGUUUACGAGCGGCUCGGCAUAAAUUGCUGGUCCCCAUUUAAUCCACCUCCGCCCCUCCGCUGCCCACUCCACAUUUCCCAUUUGCACGGCUGUAAUGAGGCAAUGAGACGCGGGGCAGCCGGAAAACCUACGGCGGGAAAAUCAGCCGAGGAGGAGCCAUGACAUCUGGAGUCUGCUGGAGUCUGGAGCUUUGGCCUCUGCCCGAGUGAACCGGAAAGCCCGAUCCCAGCGAUGCUGCGCGAUAUCUUUCUGUAUUUAGUUUUAAUCGUUUUAUUUUGCUUCAUUUUCAUGGCGCAGUUAAUCGUCAACGUUUACGCGUUCCAGCGCCAACCGUCGCCCCACAAAGCGGAGCGCAAUGAAAUUAUAUUUGUCUAGAAGGGAGACAAGCGCGCCCCACAAAACCACCCAAAACACACAGGAAAUAAUGUUUCAAUAACUCAAAAAAGGGAUUCAAACUGAAGAACAUAAUAGUCGCAAGUAGAAAAUACUGCAAAUAUAUAAGCAAAUACUUGUCUAAUAAAAUAUAUUUGUCUAGAAAGGAGACUGUAUUAGCAUAUUUUAAUUUUUCAUCAUAAUAUAUCACACAUUUAAAGCUGCUAAGUUAAUACUUUGCAUAGAACUACUCCUAGUUUUGAAAUUCUAUCAAACCACGGUCAUUUACAUAAUCAAAACUACCAUAAUAGGUCCUUUCUUUCGGUGCACCCUCGAGGGCAUGAAAAAGGAGGUUGGAAAAUGAAGAUGCUACAGAAGCAAAGGCUACAAGUCAAGCCGCGGUGGUUUCCAUUUAAUAAGAAAGGCAACUCAACUAGGUUCAACUCUCAGUUGAGUGAGAAAAGUGGGAAAAAGCGCAGGGGAUGAGGGGGAAAAUUCCGGGGAAAGCAGAGG